AUUAACAUAGAAAUCUAACAAUAUGUAAUAAAAAAAUUCCAACAAUCAAAACAAAAAUGUUUUCCCAACCAUUUUCAUUUUUGAAAUAAAAAAGUGAAAAAAAUAUAAUUGUUGCAAGUUAAAAUAAUAUAAAAGUAAAAGUUGAAAAUCCAAAACGCAAAGUAAUGAAAAAUAAAUAUCAGAAUAGAAAAUACUGCCUGACUUUUGACCUUCUUAACCCAAAAGAAAACUAAGACAGUGCUUUAUGUAUUUAGCUGCUGCUCCUAAAGACAAGCUUUUUUAUGUUUUUGAUUUGAUUUCACACUGGAUGGCACAAGGUUUCAUAGACUUUGAUGAUGAUGAUGAUUCACCGUUGGAACUAAAAGGCUUUGAAUACUUUCAAUGCUUAAAGGCUCACUGUUUCUUCCAAGAUUUUGAGUAUGAACAUGAACACCUUAUCUGUAAGAUACAUGAUUUGGUACAUGACUUUGCUCUCUUUUUGACAAGGGGUGAGUUUAUGACAUUGGAGAUCUCCAAAGGUAAUGCAAGUUCAACGAUGAAGAAAGAAAGAACUGUUCGACAUUUGACAGUGAUGGUAGAAAAGGGUCUCUAUUUUCCUGAAUUCAUUCCUGGUGCAGAAAAAUUGCGUGGUGUUGUGGCUCGUGGUAAUAAUAUUCGUGAUGAUUGUGCUGCAAUCAGUGAAAAGGCCAUGUGUAAUUUGUUUAAUCAAGCUAGACGCUUAAGGGCAGUGUUUAUGGUUCGAAAUGUUGCUUCAACUAUUCCAGAGGAAAUAGGAAACUUAUUGCAUUUGAGAUACCUUAACUUGGCUCUUAACAGCAAUCUUAAAAAGUUGCCAAAAGCACUCUUCAGAUUGCACAAUUUGCAACAUUUAUUUUUGUAUCACUGUUAUAAUCUUGAAAGACUGCCCGAUGCUGAGGAGAAGCAAAUAUCAGAUGAACCUGUCAAGUUAUGGCUAGAUCGGCUCAAAGAAGAAUCUCUUGACAUGGAGGAUGCUUUGGAUGAGUGGAGGACUGUACUCCUGUAUCGGCGAACUGAUGGAGCUGAGAAAAAUGCUUCUUUUCUUCAGAGGAAGGUACGUGUUUUCCUCAGAUGUUUUUCUUUUCAUCCUGUUAGAUACCAUGGCAUUGCUCGCAACAUAAAGGAAAUCAAUCGAAGGUUACAUAAGAUUGCUGCGGAUAAAGCUAACUAUCAGUUAACAAGCAUGCCAAUCAGUAAACUGCCAAGACAAGCAGAAAGCAAGUCUUUUAUUGAUGAGUCGAGCUUGCUUGGUCGAGAUGAUGUCAAGAAUGAAAUAAUUAGCCAUUUGCUGUGUGAGACUAGCAAAAAAGAAGAGGGUAGCCCAAUCCAAACGAUCUCUUUAGUAGGGAUUGGAGGUAUUGGUAAGACUGCUCUCGCCCAACUGGUCUACAAUGAUGAAAAUGUUAAACAACAUUUCCCUUGUAGAGUCUGGACAUGUGUUUCAAACAUUUUUAACGAGAGCAAAGUCGCAAAAGCAAUCAUUGUAGGGCUUCAAGGCCUAGAUGAACUAGCAGUCCUCCAGUUGGAGUCAGUUCCAUUAGAUGCUCUUUUAGAUAAAAUUUGCAAGUCCAUAGAGGGAAAGAAGUACCUUCUUGUUCUAGAUGAUGUAUGGACAGAAAAAGAUAAAGACUUUGAAGGACUGAAUGCUACUUUCAAAUGUGGUGAUCCGGGGAGUAGGAUUUUGGUGACUACACGUAAGAGUACUGUGGCAACAAUUAUGGGAAGUUCACACACCAUUCAAUUAAAUAAUUUGAGCCGAGAGAUCUGUUGGUUUAUCAUUAGGAAUAUAGCACUAAGAGGAAAGGACCAAAGGACUUGUGAGGAGUUCAAGCCAAUUGGGUUGAAAAUUGCAGAAAAGUGCAAAGGUCUGCCGCUUGUUGCAAAGACUUUGGGAGGCCUCUUGCGGUUUAAAACUGGUAUACAAGGGUGGGAGCAUGUUUUGAAUAGUGAGCUAUGGAGAAUGGGAAUGGUACAUAAAGAUGUUUUUGUUCCUUUGUUGCUAAGUUAUUAUGAUCUGCCUUCACCAGUAAAGCAGUGCUUUACAUAUUUAGCUAUUCAUCCUAAAGAUGAGCUUCUUUUUCCUUGUGAUAUGAUUUCGCAAUGGAUGGCACAAGGUUACUUAGGCGUUGAUGAUGAUGAUUCACCAUUGGAACUAAAAGGCUCUGACUACUUUCAAUGCUUAGAGGCUCGCUGUUUCUUCCAAGAUUUUGAAGAAAGAAGUCUUCGACAUUUGACAGUGAGGGGAGAAGAGGGUCUCUGUUUUCCUGAAUUCAUUCCUAAUGCAGAAAAAUUGCGAAGUGUUGAGGCUCAUUGUAAAAUUAGUGGUGAUUGUGCUGCUAUCAGUGAAAAGGCCAUGUGCAAUUUGUUUAAUCAAGCUAGACGCUUAAGGCUAGUGGGUGUGGCUGGAUAUGAUGGUUCAACUAUUCCAGAAGAAAUAGGAAACUUAUUGCAUUUGAGAUACUUUGACUUGGAUGCUAGCAGAAACCUUAAAAAGUUGCCAAAAGCACUCUUUAAAUUGCACAAUUUGGAACAUUUAUCUUUGUAUGGCUGUUAUAAUCUUGAAAGACUACCCGAUGAGAUAGGAAAUUUAGUCAACUUGAAGCUUCUUGAUACCGAAGGUUGCGACAAAUUAGCUUGCUACCCAAAGGAAGUUGUGAGAUUAACUCAACUUACACAAUUAUUGGGGCUUAUUGUGAGAAUUGAUCGUGACGAUCCUGAAGAGUUUAGCAUUGGAGAUCUAGCAAAGUUGAAUAAACUUCUCGUGCUUUCUAUGGAAAUAGUGGGAAAUAAAAUCAAUGUGGGCGAGGCUAAAAAGGUGAAGCUUCAAAAUUUGCAGGAGGUGAAGAUAUUGGUGGAUGGGGACAUAGCGGAAGCUGAACAUGUCAUACUUGAAUCCUUAAACAUUUCCACCUUGGAGGAUAAUCUCCCAGCUGCUAUAAUGCAAAGUUGCCUUCCUCAAAUUACCAUAGUAACGGGUUCUUAAUUAUUGAGAUUAGCAUGGUUUACAAUAUUUUGCUUUAGCAAAUCAACCCUGAACUCAAAGAGGCAUAUCGUUCGUUUUUCUCAUUUGAAUCUUUAAUUUCUAAGUCCUAAUGAUAUAGGGGGAUGCUGGUAAGGUCAAUAAUAGUAUUUCAUCACA